AUGAAGUUCCUUUUGGUGACGUGUCUGCUAGCUAUGGGUUUACUCUCCGUUGGAGCAGCUGCUGAAGCCGACAGAGCCGAAGAGAAGCCGGAGAUUACAAAGUUAGAGUUGCUCGAUCUCGGUGCGGGAGAAAGCGACGUCGACGCGGAUGAUUCGGAAGUGCAAAGAAAGAGGGAUUCUGGCUACACGUACAAGAGGCCUUCGAGGCUACGUUUCCAGCUGGAACAAAACGGUAACAGAGGCCGCAUCGUGAACAGGCAUCCUGCCCAAAUAAACAGACCUGUCACCAAAUACGGACCGCCCGGUUAUCAGAAUCCGUCACCGUCCAGACCCCACGGCCAGCAGCACAGAGACAAAUUACAAUUCCACCAUGGCGGCCAACAGCAUUCGAGCAACCACGACAACCGACCGAACGGCUAUCUGGAACAGGAAGUUCCGAGCCCAAUACGACAGAUCGACUUCGUCGAACCGAAUCCGAUAUCCAGCCAGAACAACGAACCGUUCGCCUCCCACUCGGCGAAUUACUUGCCGCCGCAGAACCAGAAACUACCCGGUUACACGUCGCCGCAAACGUUCUCCCUGACGCACGCCGCGCAGAAUUUCCAGAACAACGGACAGCCGGCGAGUUUCCAGAGUCAGAGUAUCGUGCAGUCGCCGGAACAGAUCUCGGACGCGGCUCUGUUCCUCGCACAGAACGCCAACGCGAUCCAGCAACUCUACGGGGCACCCGCCAACGAGCAAGACUUCGCCCCGAACAACGAGAAUCAGUUUGCGGGGCAGAACAACGAUCAGGUUCAACAAUCUAUCGGUCGGUUCCAGACCUUGGAGACCAGCUCGCUGGGUCCCAACGGUUUCACCGGGCCCCUCCCGUCGUACGCGUCCGGAACCCUGAGCGCCCAGGAGACCCUCGAGCAAAUCCAGUCCCUCGAAAAGGACAGGCUGAUCGUCCAGCUGCAACGAGCCCUCGCUACCCAGAGCCAGGCUGCGGACGCGGCAGGAAGGUACGCUCAAAAUCAGCCGAGCUUCGUUCAGAAUCAAGAUCUUCUGGCUUCCCUUGGACAGCGAAUGAAGAUUCACGGUUCAAACGCGCAACCGGGUACCGCGAACGUCGGCCCCGAAAAUACAGCUUUCAAUCAAUCGCCUUUUUUGCCAGGGACAACGAUCAGUCCGGGGUUACCGCUUAACUACGGGCUGCUAUCGACCACCACGUUGCCACCGACGACCACCUCAACGACAACUACCACGACCGUGCAACCUCCUCAGGUUACGAAAGGCGACGGAACCACUCAGGUCGGUUCCAAUCUGCUGCCUACGCCUUCCCUACCGCCGUCCACCGCUGGACUACCCGUUUACGGCGGCUUCGUGCCAACCCUGAUCGCUGGUACAGGUUUCCUAUCGAACGUUCCUUCCUACGGACCCGGGUUCUUCUCGCCCGGGACCGUCACGUCCGUCCAAACGUCCGGCUCCUCGCCCACGCACUUCGGAAUACCUAUCCCCACGGAUCUCGGUCAGAAGCCAACGUCCACGACCACGCCGUCGACCCCUGCCAACCCCUCGACCAACCAACCAUCCACCCCUUCCUCACCCCCGAUUCACACUGUGCCUCUUCCGGUUCACCCAGUGACUCCUCUUCGUCCAGUGACGCCUCUGCAGCCUGUGCUUCCGGCGACCCCGGCGCAGACACCGUCGUCCGCGUAUCCGGCUUACGGGAUACAGACGCCGGUGCUCAACCCGUUCCUCUACAAGCCCGUGAAACCCGUCUACCCGCUGUACUAUUACCCGAACGUCGGAUAUCAGCUGCAAAAGCCAGCGGCGGCGACUUAUCCGUGGAGCUACGCGCCGACCUACGCCACGCAAGCGAAACCGGCCCAAAUAUGGAAAUGUGGUGGUGCGCUAGUACCAGCGCGGGGAGACUCACCUUCACCUAGACCUUUCUUUCGCCGUGCGAGAGGGGAUUUCUAUAUAAAAGGUCUCUUCUUGGUAGCAAUGCCAUCAGAAACCACAAUUUCACUUACACACCCGGUUGUCACCGAGCCACGAGAAAUAACGUACUGGAUAAACACGUUUCGAGCCAACAUGCGGUCAUUGAUUCUAUUGGGACUCGCGGUCCUCGCUGUUUCGAGCGUGUCCUGUCGGGACGCGCAGGGCGAGAAGCGAUCGUUGAGACCACCUGGUAAAGGUAAACGUGGCGUCAGUGAUUAUUCCGGGGGCUACUCGUCCGGAGGAUCGUCCUACAACUCGCCCGUGCACUCGAGCCUGUCUUCGGGAUACAGCGGAGGAGGCUCCUCCGGAGGAUAUUCCUUGGGACACGGAGGCAUCCAGAGUCUCCAAAGCUUGGGAGGCUCUCUGGGACACGGCUCCCUGGGAUACUCGCUGGGAUCGUCGGGUCUGAAUCUGGGCUCCGGAGGACUGGGCCUGGGUCACGGAUUGGGUCUUCAAGGGCUCUCCCUGGGCGGACACGGCCAAGCUUCGUACUCUUCGCCCAGCGUCGCGCUCUUCGCUCCCUCGAAGAAUGGACCUGUCACUUUCGGCCAAAACGGAGGCGGAAUCUCUUCGGCGAAUUCCGGUUCCAGCAGUUACGCGGCGCCAGUCUACGCAACCGGAGGCCACGGACUGUCCAGUUACGGCAGCGGAGGAUCCUCGAGCAGCGUCAGCCUUCCGGCGAUGCUGGGAUCCUCUCACGGCUCCUACAGCCUGCCAACCUCGUCUCUGAGCUCAUCUGGACACAGCAUUCCCCUUCAAUCCCUCGGCUCGGGUUCCUCCCAUUCGGUGACCGGAGGAUUGGUGAUCGACGGGAGUUCGUUCGGAAAAGGUUCCAGCGGUGGUUCCAGCACCUACAUCCCGAUAUCUUCCGGAUCGCACUCCGGUGGAUCCAGCAGCUACUCGUUGCCUGUAUCUUCUGGAUCAUCCGGUGGCCACAUCGCUCUCUCCGGCGGAUCCUCCGACAGCUCCAGUUACUCUCUUCCUGUUUCUUCCGGAUCGUCCGGCUCGAAUUCGUACUCUAAUUACAUACCUUCCUCCUCCGGAGCGUCGUCGUACUCUUCAGGCGGUAGUUCCAGUUACUCGAGUCCCUCUGUUUCUUACUCCGGCGGUGGGUCCAGCUACUCGAGCCCUUCUGUCUCUUAUUCCGGCGGUGGAUCCAGUUACUCGAGCCCCUCUGUCUCUUAUUCCAACGGUGGAUCCAGCCACUCGAGCCCCCCUGUCUCUUACUCUGCCAGUUCCACCCACUCCAAGCCUACCGUCAUAUAUUCUGGCCCCGGCUACCCUAACCCCAUUUCCAGCUACUCGGACUCCGGCUCCAGCUACCCCAGCCAUAGUUCCAGCUAUUCUGGAUCUUCUAGCAGCUACUCACCCAGCUACUCAGCACCGUCGACGUCGUACAGCAGCCCCUCGGAGCCUCACGGAUCUUACUCGAAUCUGAGCCCCAGAUACGUCGGAUACUCAGCUGGCAAGAGCUACGAGGGCCUGAGCGGCACUGGCAACAAAUACGACACGAUCUCGUACUCCAGUCCUAGCGGAAAAUAUUAA